UUUUAAAUUUGCAUUUUAGUGUCAAAGGCGACCCCCUGAUAGAUUUAUUCUAGAACGUCACUUCUGAUUUCCCGCGCAGGCUAACAUUUCAGCGCGCUGAUCAUGAAGUGUUUGCAAAACAUCGCUGCCUGGCCCGCCCCAUGGGGGCGUGGUAUGCGCCAUGUGGGCGUGGUCUCGAGGCGGGAGCAGGAAAAAAACAAGCUCCCGCCACACACGUCAUACAUCCGCGAGCCGCCGCACGGACUAGAGUUACUACUCCGCGUCUCGCUCGGCCUGGGAAGCAGUACGCGCCAACAAUUUAAAAUACCACCCAUCACAACGGAACAGGCUUUUUCUGGCGGGAGUUUAACGCUGAGGCGUGGCAUGGAUGAUGAGGAGGAGGACAUGUCACGGCCCAUCUCGCAGCUCUGGGGAACGCCUUUCAGGGAGGCCAAAUACGAAGAGCGGGCCAUGCAGCUCCAAUCAAGACUCUCUGCUGUCAGCGUGGCCACGCCCACCUCGCUCAGCCUCAACAACAACAGUAUCAACAUGCUGGCCUGCAGCCUGCAGCCUCGUGUGACCUUUCAUGGACUGCGCCCCCACUUCCCCUCUCCGUUUGAGCCCCUGGAGGACCGAGGAGAGAGGCGAGCUGGCGCGCAGGAGAGGCGGCGACCGAGGGGGGAUGACAGGAUGGCGGGGAGUCCCGGGGAGCAGGCGGGGGCGAGCGUGGAGACGCAAAUCGGCCAAAAACUAAGAGAGAUCGGAGACAAGUUCCAGCAGGAUCACAUAGAACUGCUCCUGAGGCAGCAGAGACUAAACCUCCCCGUCUGGAUGCGCCUCACCUUGUUCCUCUUUGGCUUCUUGCCCCCCAGACCACCUGGUCCCAGAUGAAGGACUUUGGCUUCUUGCCCCCCAGACCACCUGGUCCCAGAUGAAGGACUCUGGCUUCUUGCCCCUGAGACCAAGGACUUCCUUGACUUGUCCCGGGACAGGGGCAGACUUCUACAGAUGGCACUGUAUGACGGAACACGGGUUGGGAUUUUGUUUGUGAAUCAACUAUGAAGACAAGAACAAUGCUGGUCACCGCUGGACGGAGACUGAUGGCAUCUUUUUAUUUUUAUUCCCCUUUUUGAGCCUCUUUUUUCUGUUCCAGAAGAAGCCAUUGAGUUUGAAGAGAUAUUUUGGAAAUACUUGUAAGAUGACCUAUUUGUACAGCUCUUUUAAUUUCAAGUCUUGGAAGGAACUCUCAUGGUCAGUCCGGGGAAUGCCUUAUGACUCUCUCCCGCCGCCACAGCGGAGAAGAUAAGCGUGCACCAACGCUGAAAAGGACUCCAAACCACAAUUCUUCUUCAAAACAAUAAGCCCUGAAUUUGACUCUGGACUGUCUCACAUCUCUAAAGUCAUCCAUCAGCAUCUCCACUUGCAUACUUCAACUCACACUAACCUUUCCAUCCUCGCCCAUUUUGAAAAUGAGCCGGCACAAAAGGAGUGGAGAAAAGUACCCUGCUUUCCCGGCUAUAGAGCGCUGAGGUAUUUAAGCCACACCCACCACAUUUUAGAAGACAUACAAGUUGGACUUAUAUUAGCCGCAUCGGACUAUAAGCCGCAGAUAUGUACCGCUACCAAACAUUCUGUAAAGGUUUAUUUACAUACCUUAAUUGUGUCCAAACACUGCAGUAAAGUCAUCGUCAUGGACACGCCCCCCCCCCAGCAUGGACACGCCCCCCCAGCAUGGACACGCCCCCCCCCCAGCAGCCACAAGACAUUGAAACAACCUUGACAACUUCUUCAAUUACUCAACACAACUCAAACAUACCCUAUUCUUCGGAGUAUAAGUCGCUCCGGAGUAUAAGUCACACCAGCCAAAAAUGCAUAAAUGCAAUAUAUAAGUUGCACUGGAGUAUAAGUCGCAUUUUUUGGGGAAAUGUAUUUGAUAAAAGCCAACAGCAAGAAUAGACAUUUGAAAGGCAAUUUAAAAUGUGUAAAGAAUAGUGAACAACAGGCUGAAUAAGUGUACGUUAUAUGAGGCAUAAAUAACUAACUGCUAUGUUAACCUCACAUAUUAUGGUAAGAGUCAUUCAAAUAACUAUAACAUAUAGAACAUGCUAUAUGUUUACUGUCACUCCUAAUCGCUAAAUCCCAUGAAAUCUUAUACGUUUGGUCUCUUAUUUGAUAUUUUACGCUAAUGUGUUAAUAAUUUCACACAUAAGUCACUCCUGAGUUUAAGCCGCACCCCUGGCCAAACUAUGAAAACAACUGCCACUUAUAGUCCGAAAAAUACGGUAACCUUGAAACAGCAUGCUUUUUAACCACGUUUAAUCAAUCAAUGUCAGGUUCUGAUGUUGAUUUGACAUUGAAAUGUGGUCAUUUCCCAACCAACAACGUGGAUCCAACGUUGUCUCAAUUGACCAAUACAACUAUGUUGUUUGAAAGUCAGUUUUAAAGGACAUGUACGUAGAAUCAAUGUCUGGUGCCUGCUGGGACUGCCUCUUUAAACUGAUGAACAGACUCAAUAACUCCAUGGGGACGUUUUGGAAAGUGAAACAACACAAAAAGAAUGUUGUAAGUUAAUAAUACUAACAGACACUCGUAAACAUGUUAGCAUAUUAGCUAAAGCUAACGAUGCUAGCUUCAUUACAUCGCGAUAGCGCGUACAAAUAUGCAUGAAAACACUCCUACAGACAUCACACAUGGGACGCUUUAGUAAGUGAGAAUAGUUUUAGUUAUAUUGUAAAACCUACUGAUGUUGCUGGGACUGAUGAAUGAAGAAUCCAUACCAGUAGACGAAACGGGACUUAUACUUCCGUUUUAAGACAGGAAACAGAAAACACAACAACACAAACAAUAACACACUUUUUCAGUGUCCCUAUCAGUGUUUUAUGGAAAGCAUUUGUUGAGUACAAAACGUUACGGCCGUGAGCGAAGAAAAAUCCACAGGAUUCAAAGCGUGGGGAAAAAAAAAAGUAGCGGCUUAUAGUGGAGAAACUAGACUACUCUGAGGAGGUUUCCAACGAUUAGGGUUGGGCAUCAGUGGGAAGCAGGAUUCACAUUCCGCUACUCUCCAAAUUCUUCAUGUUUUCAUUUUCAUUCCUGGUUUGAGUGAAGGAAUAUGUGCAGGAAAUGAAGACAUAUUUGUCCAAUUAGGUUGGAACUCUCAAGCUUUUACCAUCCAAAGAAUCUUCAGGAAUUGGACCUGGAAUCCUUUCAAUGAUGGCCGACCCCAACAAUGAUUGAAGUUACAGCGAGUAGUUUAUAUCUCUACACACCAUUUCUACACUCUCAAUGUUCAAGAAGGCCAUUGGCGACUCAUCGGGUGUUUCAGUGCAGUACCUGGCUGCCACCAGCGGAGGUGCUGAUGAGUCAUGCAGAGUCAGUGCAGUACCUGGCCACCACCAGCGGAGGUGCUGAUGAGUCAGUGCAGUACCUGGCCACCACCAGCGGAGGUGCUGAUGAGUCAGUGCAGUCCCUGGCCACCACCAGCGGAGGUGCUGAUGAGUCAUGCAGAGUCAGUGCAGUACCUGGCCACCACCAGUGGAGGUGCUGAUGAGUCAUUGCAGUACCUGGCCACCACCAGCGGAGGUGCUGAUGAGUCAGUGCAGUACCUGGCCACCACCAGCGGAGGUGCUGAUGAGUCAUGCAGAGUCAGUGCAGUACCUGGCCACCACCAGCGGAGGUGCUGAUGAGUCAUGCAGAGUCAGUGCAGUACCUGGCCACCACCAGUGGAGGUGCUGAUGAGUCAUGCGGUGCGGAGCUACGCGCUUUACUAUUCACUGUUAAAGACUGCACUCCUGCUUUCUUUCUUUCUACUCUGCCGUCUAAAGCAGGCCUGGGCAAUCAUUUUGACUCGGGGGCCAAAUUUAGAGAACAAAAUGUGUCUGGGGGCCGAUAUAUCUAUUUUUAGGAACAUUAAUACAAAACCUCACAAUAAAGUCUGGUUGAAUGCUAAAAACUUUAUGACAGACCAACUUAAACGGAAUGGAAUUUAACAUUUUUUUACUGAAUGAGACACCCAGAGUGUACAUGAAAAUAAAGAAUGUUACAAUAUUAACUAUGAAGGAUAAAACACUGAAUAUUGACACAUAUAAAGGUUACAAUAUUAAG